AAGCGCUACAUGGGUGUGAGAGUAAAGAUGCCAGUACGGGAACUACUGAGAAAAAUUCGGCUCUCCAAAGGCCUGGACCCAGCUCACAGCAAGGAAGCCUCAUUAAUGAAGAUGGUAACCAAAGGAUCCUCAGGAAAAACAGAAAAGAGAAGAGUUCACCCUUAUACAGAGAAACAGCUUAGACAGAGCAAGGAGAACGCUGGGCAAACGCUAAAAGGCUUAGAGGACCUUGAUAUCCUGGUGGAGGUACUGCAGGAAGAUUUGAACAAAAGCCAGUUGCAGAAGGAGUCUCUGCAUUCUGUGCCAGAUGGCUUUUGGCAGGGCUUCUCCUCAGAUCUGCAAGCCUCUCGGUGGGAAACUGGAAGAAACAAGCAGGCAGCUGGAGGCCUGCAGGAAAGAUGCCACAGCUUAGCCACGUUGCAUUCAUACAGCUGUUUUAAAGAUUCCAACUCAGUACUGCGGGGAGAGGCAGAGACUUCUUUUCUUGAUGAUCAGAAAAACAUGCAAGAGUCCGACCCAACAGGAAUAUUCUCAAGGACAAGUGAGAAAGAGACUAGCUGGUGGAUACAGGAUGCAUGUACAAGUACCCAGAAAGAUUUCCCAAGGCAUUCUUCACAGAACACAUCUCCACAUUCUAACCCAUCAGGAGGCUGUUCAGAGGUGCUUCUGAAAGCUAAUACAGGCCCUCCAGACAUUGAAGGACAUUUGAAGUCGACCCCAAUGUCUUUCACACCACAGGAUCACUCUGCCAUCUCUUUCUUCCAGUUCCAGUUACACAGGGAAGAAAGUUUACUGAGAAAUAUCCCAGUGGACAAACUGCUUGCACCUGAUGAAAAUGGCAACAGGCUGCUGCACAAGGCUGUUGCUCAGGGAAGAAGAGCACUGACUUAUGCACUUGCACAGAGAUUUGCAUCCCUAAAUAAGAUCAAUGAGAAGGAUGCAAAGAAACGGACUGCAUUACAUCUUGCUGCAGAAAAGAACCAACAUCUGAUGGUGAGUGAUCUGAUAUCCCUAGGAGCUAAUGUCAAUGAACAGGACAGUUUGGGGAAAACUCCACUCCACUUGUGUGCAGAGAAUGGAUAUUUGAGAGUUUUAGAGGUUUUGAAAAAUUGCAAAAACAACGGCGUGUGUGUGGAAGUGAAUAUGAAUGAUCACUAUGGUUUAACACCACUACACUGUGCUGCUCUUGCCCACACUGUCUUGGUUACGGAAUCUCAAAAAACUGACAUCGAUACUGACAUGGGAAGGUUUCUCAGACUACGCAGAGAUCAAAUUCUUGAGGGAAUUAACUGCUUAUUACAAAUGGGAGGAAAGCCUGAGUUACAGGUACUAAAUUCAUGUCAAAUUACCACUACUCAUUUAAAAAUUGAGGAGAACACAGAACUCAUGUGUUUGCUUCAGACUCACAAGACUAAGGCACAGAAUAUUCUUCAAGAGGGGUACAUUUUGCUGGAUGCUCCAAGAAGAAUGCCCAGUCCCUCAUCACCAGAUAACAUUUCUGAACUUUUUUCCAUGUCACCUUCAGAUGCCUUUGAUAUCACUCUUAAAGGGAAAUGCUGCUAAGGCUCAUUAUCUGCGUCUCAUGGUCCGCAUGCUGCAACUGUUGCUGAAGAAUAGGCAGAGAACAGACAGUAAAAGUCUUCAAAAGUAUUACAGCUUGAACUGACUGUUGAAAAUACCUCCUCAGUAUCCAGAAUUAAAGAGUAAACUAAUAAAUAGGGAAAACCCUUGAGCCAGGUUACAACAGUAUUAAACAUUCAGUGUUAGAUACUCCAGUAAAUGAAUAGCUGUUAAUUUUCUCACAAAGCUGAGCACUCAUACUUCUCUUUUGAGGUCAAUCUGAGUUGUAGGUGUUCUACAUGGUGAAGCUCUGACAAAAUUUUAAUGCAGGUGUGUACCUUAAGAAAAAACACCCUUCGAUUUUAGUCAUUCAGAGACUAGUCUUUAAGGCUAUCAGUGUUAAAUUAGUCUCUAGAGUGCAAACUUGAUGUUCGGAUGUGCUGGAAAUCUCAGGCAACGUGUAAUUUUAGACAUGAGCUAUGGGAACUCAUAAUCUGAUGGGCUAUAUUUAACACGUUGUGCAGCCUGGCUCUGAAUUUGUCCAAGGCUGGAGUUGUCACACUUCAAGGCAGUCCCAUUGGGAAAAAAAAAAUCCCUACACAAUAAAACAUACCCACACACUGCUACUGAGCAUGUUUUUUCAACAAAAAUCGAGCUCUAUAUUUAUUCAAUCAGAAUUUGCUACCAGUAAUGUGCUGUAGGUGAAGUCUGGGACAGAAAAUCUUUGGAAUCAGUUCCUUUCAUUCUGGAUGAUUUAACAGCAGAAUAUACCUCUAUAAAAUUUAAAUAUGUAACAACACUUUACAAAGAUAAUUUUUUAUACUAAGCAAUUUUGCAAGUUAAAAAGGAUAACUAGGACUUCCCAGACUUAGUAUCAUUUUGUUUUAACUUCUGAUUGUGAAUUAGCUGGUUUCUAUGAAACUUCCCUGUUUGCUACAUAUGGAGCAAUCUACAUUUACAUAACCUACAAAAUGAGUGAUCCAGCAAUCGACUCACAUACGUACCUCCUGUUGAAGUAAAUGGGAGAUUUUUUUAUGUGUAACAAUUGCAGGAUCCAGUAGUAAGUACUCAGCAUGUUUGGGGAAUAUUUUUUAAUGAACCCUUUCCAUUUUCUUCUUGUAAAAAAGGUUACUUUCCUCUUAUUGGAUAUUCUUAAGUGUUAAGCUCCAAGAGCUAUGUUGCACAAUGUUUUACUGAAAAAUGACAGUGUUUAAAUUAAUUCCACUGGGAUUUGGGUCAUAUCCUAUGUUUCUUAUGCCCUGAACAGCUAAACAGUACUCUUCUGUAUUUUCUCUAGUCAGAAUGAGAUGUGAUAUUUAAAAAUUUUGAAGUAUUUUAUUAAAAAAAAAAUGAAAAUUUGCUAUUCACAUGAUGAGUUGUGUAACACCACAGAAUAGUCGUCCACUUCUUUUCAUAGGUGUCCUUGUGUUUUAAUCAUGUGAAGUAUUUUCUUUUUCCCUUUUUGUCCCAGGUUUUACUUGGAAAUACAAAUAUUUUCCUCUCUAAUGGUUUUUCUUUGUUCUGCACCCCCCACCCCCCCAUUUUUCCUUCAUGUUUGCAUUUUAACUCACAUCUGUGCUCACAGAACUUUUUAUUCAUUAAAAGAGAAUUAAUGAGGAUCUUCCAGGUUACCCAGCUUCCAUUCGUGUGGUUUAAGGAUCAGAUUCAAGACCCACUGAAAUUAAAGAGUCCUUAUUUUCAGUGAAAACUGAUCAAGAAAUUCUGCAUCACACACACAACCACGAACGAAGCAGUAUGGUGAACAGAGAAGUUCAUCAAUAAGCAUUCUCAGUGAAGAAAAAUGAAUUUGCUUAUAGGAUAUCUUUAAAAAGUGUAGAAAACUAUCACAUAAGAAUAAAAUAUUAAUCAGAUUUUUAGUCACAUGGAAACCAUCCAGGGGAAA